AUGGACUCGCGUCACGACAAGGACACUCUGGACCGUAUUGCAGUCAUCAACGACAAGUGUAGACCAAGCCGAUGCCGUCUUGAGUGCAAGAAGACAUGCCCGAUCAACAGAGGUGGUGCCUUAUGUAUUGAGGUCAAUCCCAAAGACAAGCGUUGUGUGAUCUCCGAGGCGUUAUGCAUUGGUUGUGGGUUGUGUGUGAAAAAGUGCCCAUUUGAGGCAAUCAAGAUCAUUAACUUGCCAAAAAAUCUUGAGACGUGUACAACACAUCGAUAUGGACCAAACUCCUUCAAGCUCCACAGACUUCCAAUGCCACGACCGGGUCAAAUCUUAGGUAUUGUAGGUACAAAUGGUAUUGGGAAGUCCACCGCCAUGCAAAUUUUGGCUGCCGCUAUUAAACCCAAUUUGGGAGACUUCAAGAACCCACCAGACUGGCAAGACAUCAUCAAAUAUUACAGAGGAAGUGACUUGCAGAAUUACUUCAAAAAGCUGUUGGACACCAAGUUCAAAGCGGAAGUCAAGAUUCAAUAUGUCGACUCGUUAAGAAAAACGGUCAACACUAUUAAGACAGUUGGGGAGAUCUUAAAGCUCCUCGACGAGAGAAACGCGUUUGACCAAGUCGUCGAGAUAUUGGACAUGAAGAGAAUCUUGAAUAAGAGAGUCCAAGUGCUUUCUGGUGGUGAGUUGCAGAUGUUUGCUAUAGCGUCUGUUGCUGUCAAAAACGCCACUAUUUACAUGUUCGAUGAACCCACGUCGUACCUCGACGUCAACCAAAGAUUGAAAGCUGCGCAGUUGAUUCGAUCGUUGGUCACCACUGAUAACUACGUGUUAGUCAUUGAACACGAUUUGGCCAUUUUGGAUUACAUGUCCGACUUUGUAUGUAUGUUAUAUGGUAACCCGGGUGCGUAUGGUGUCGUCACGUUGCCAUUUUCGGUGAGAGAAGGGAUUAACGUGUUUUUGGACGGGUUUAUUCCAACGGAGAACUUGCGAUUUAGAGAGGAAGCGUUGAAGUUUGCGAUAGGAGAUUCUACGCACGACGUCAGUGAUGCGGUUGCCCUUGAUGAGACCAAAGACGAAGACAAAGAGAAGAUUGAGGAACUCCGCCAGAAGAAGAAAGAGCAGAAAGUUGUUGAGAAAGCGGAAGCUGAGAAAGAGCGAGCGCAAAAGAAGAAGGGAGGAUUUUCGAAGUACAAGUAUCCUUCUAUGACAAAGACAUUUGAUCAGUUUAAGUUGACUGUGAAAGCCGGCAAUUUUGAUACUUCUGAAGUUGUAGUGUUGUUGGGACAGAAUGGAACAGGGAAGACCACAUUCAUUCGAAUGUUAGCUGGACAGACACAACCUGACGAUGAAUCGAUUGAAAUGCCUAAGAUGAACAUCUCAUAUAAGCCACAAACUAUUCAACCGAAGUUUGAAGGAACCGUCCAAGAACUUUUGGAGAGUAAAAUUAGCGCGAUGUUUGUCCACCCACAAUUUAACACCGACGUCAUUAAACCUCUCAAUAUUCAACCACUCUUGACUCAUAAGGUCAAAACACUGUCAGGAGGUGAGGCGCAACGCGUUGCGUUGAUCUUGUGUUUGGGUAAACCAGCAGACGUCUACCUCAUCGAUGAGCCUUCAGCAUAUUUGGAUUCGGAACAAAGAAUCGUCGCCGCUAAAGUCAUUAAGAGAUUCAUAUUACACACAAAGAGAACCGCUUUCAUCGUAGAACACGAUUUCAUUAUGGCAACUUACUUGGCAGAUAAAGUCAUUGUAUACGACGGCGAACCCGCUCACUGCUGCACAGCUAACCCACCAGUCGGAAUGGUCGAGGGUAUGAAUACAUUCUUGAAACAACUCAACAUCACAUUCAGAAGAGACCCGGAUAACUACAGACCAAGAAUUAAUAAGCUCAACUCACAGAAGGACCAGGAACAAAAGAAAGAAGGAAACUACUUCUAUACGGAACUCGACUAA